AUGCGCUUAUGUGUUGCUGACUACUGUUCAGGGUCCAGACCAAAUUUGGCAGUGGUGAGCACGGAGAAGGAUGACAAGAAGCUUGCAGACAUGCUACUUCGUGGAGUUCAACCUCACAAUCGCAUUCGCUUCAUCGUCAAGGAGCUCGUCAUGGCGCUGAUCAUCGUAUCAGGCUUGGCCAGCUCAGGUCGUUCGAACCGCUCUGCGCUCAUCAAAGCGGAUAUCGAGCGCCGUAUCAAGGAGGUCGGUGCUUCACCCAGCUCAUCCUCAUCAGGCCUGACACCCAACCGGGUAGUCGUUGUAUCGGACCAUGACGUACAUGCAGCGCGCUCGGCAUACGCAUCGCAGCGCACCGAGAAGCCCGCGAGAGCUUCCUAUCUUUCCGCCGUCACUCGCGCGCUGGGCAAAGACACGAUCGUCGUUGCGGAUGGUGGAGCUGGACUCAACAUCAAAGGAUUUCGCUACCAGCUUUGGUGUGCAGCACGCGAGGUGGGCGUGCGGUGUCUCUCCAUCCACGUCCAUGCUCCUCCACAAGUUUGCAAAUACUGGAACCAAAGGCGGAGAGAAGAGCAGGGUCAAGAUUCCAGCUACGAUGACGAGACGCUGGACAGCUUGCUUAUGCGCUUCGAAGAACCCAAUGCCAUGACACGCUGGGACUCUCCGCUCAUCAUCGUUCCCACCAUCCUCCUUCCGCCCUCAGACGUUGAGCCCAGCAAAACAGCUUCUACUAUAGACGACAGCCGCAUCAGCGUCGAGCCAAUCCCCUUCGACGACAUCUGGGAUGCUGCGACAAAGGGCACUGUCAACAAAGCGCCGGAAGUUGUCGCCCCGACACGAUCCACAACAGCCAACUAUCUUUCCAUCCUGGAAUCGUCCACACAGACGGUCGUCUCUUGCAUCUUGCAGCAUCAAACCUCGCUCGGCUUGCAGCCUGGCUCGGAUGUUCCGAUCAGCCAUCCGAGCUUGACGGGCCCCUCUUCGCUGUCGUUCACGCCGCCAGCGGAUAAGCCGGUGACCAUGGCCUCGUUGCAACGGAUCCGUCGCCAAUUCGUCCGCAUGCAUAGCUCCGGUACCGCACAGAUCAACGAACUUGGAAAUGCCACGAGAUCAGAGGGCGUGCAGUUCUCGCUCACAUCGCAUCCCACACGAAACGGCUCAAAGUCAGCGACGCCCAAUGUGGCUCAUCCAGCCUCGACCGAGUACGCCAUCGCCAAGCGCUUCCUCGCCUUCCUCGAGGGUGCGCUCUGA